AUGUCCUCAUCCAGAUUACCGAAUAUCCCUGCUCUACGUAGACAACAACUUCUGCUUGAAUUUGCCAGCUUGAAACAUGCAGCUCCCCCGGGAAUCUACAUUUCCAUCACACCAGGCGAUCCUACCCUGUGGUCAGGCGUAAUAUUUGUGCGAUCGGGCCCCUAUGCCUCUGCCAUCCUCCGAUUCCAGAUCAGAUUUCCCGACUCCUAUCCCGAGCUUCCACCCCUCGUCACAUUUUCGACCGAUGUUUUCCAUCCGUUAAUUGUACCCCUUACUACAUAUACCUUCAGUACGGGCGCGUCGACCGAAGACCCUGUUAGCGCGACGGACGAGGAGCGACUACCCCCGAAGACAGGACGACUGUCAACAGGUUCAUCCAGGCCAGUGAGCGUGAAUGGAGCGAACGCUGGUGAAGGGGAGCCGGCAACGACGGAUGGCCUUUCUUCCCCUUCCUCACGUCAGCCCAAUGGUGCAGAGGAGGGCGACAAUCUCACCAAGGACAAAGGAACCGCUUCGGACGCAAGGAAAACGGUACCAGUAGCAGUGCUGAUUAACUAUAUCCGAUCAACGUUUGACGAUGAAAACGUGCUUGACUCCUUGCCUCUUGAAGCUGCGGGAAACCCAAGCGCGUGGCACGCAUGGAAGGCACACAGAAGAGAAAAUAGCGAAUCGGCGAGGCCCAACUCCAAACGAGGAAGUCCGCAGGCUCGGCUUCCUGGUGAUUGGCAUUGGGACGGAAUUUGGGCGAAGCGUGUUCAGCAUGAGAUUGAGGCGAGUCAUUCGGAUCAAAUGUUGUUUGGAAAUGCUGCUCGCGGGGCCACUGAUGAGAUGGUAUGUAUGCUUCGAUUCUCUCUAUGA